AUGGACAAUGCUACUGUUUCACUGAACCCCCCAUGUGUAAUGUUAAAUAUUGUUCGUAAAGAACAAGACACAAUCCCAUUUUGUUUUAUUUCAGAGGAGAUGUUUUACGAUAAGUAUAAAGGGCAUACACAAACCAUGUGUGGGUUAUGUCUGAAUUUGCAUGGAGCCUCACAAAUGUCUUCUGAGUGUAUGGUAGUUGGCACGUUCCAUGUUAACUCGACUUCUCAAAGAAAUCAAUUUAUGAUUGGAGACUUGAUGUUCGACGUUUCGAAAGUGGUGUUGUUAGAUGAAGAAGUUAUUGCAAGACUGUCUUCGUCAACCGCAGUUGUUAACGCGCUGAUUGGUGAAGUUACAAUAAAGAAAGAGUUGUGUUAUUUGACGUUAUUGCCAUUUAUCAUACCCAAAAGGCAUCAAGACAAUAUGGUACAAGUCCAGGCAGUUGGUGUUCAAACACCAAUUCAUAUUCUUCAGAUCAACAAACAGGAGUAUUACAUGGAUGACACGUCUAACUUCUUCAUUCCUUUUGGGAAGUACGUGUUAUAUGCCUUCGACACUUUAGGAAACAACUCAGUCAAAUUUAAUACCAAAGGCUGGGACUUCACAACAAGACUUCCAGCUGAAAGUACAUUUGUGAUUGAGAGCAAUGACACACAAUGCGAAUACAGACCAAGUAAUGUCAUUUAUAACAAAGAAACAUUCGACGGGACACUUUCAUGGGCUAUUUAUGCAUAUUCGCUCGAAAAGGAUUUGUACUUCCAAUUACAUCCGGACGCAAGUGGUAUCAAAUUUAAAGCUGUGUCGACGGUCACUGUCAUUAACAUUAGGUAUUUGUCGACUUUAAUAUUCUCCAAACAUUUCAGUGAAAUAACAGCAACAUUUAUUCAUGAUGGAAAAUAUCAUUUUCAAUACUCACAAUUGGGCAUGGGUGCUGUAAAAUCCAAUACAACUGAAAAGCAGUUUUUGUGUAGUCCACUCGAUGUAAUCUCGUCUGAAACUAUUGACAGUGCUACUGGAAAUCAUAUUCUGAAAUUGAAAGCGUCGAUGGAUCACAGGUGUCGAAACUUCGGCAAUUUUAUUAUGUUUGUAUUUGCAGCAAGUGAAGGCGCAGAAGUAACAAUUACUGAUUUGACGUUUGUCCGUCGUCAGUCUCAAAAGCGUGAAAACGAGUGCUCUUCUAAACAGUUUUUAUGCCAAAAUCAUGAGUGUAAUUAUAUGUUUAAUUCGUGCACAAUAGAGUGUGGGUAUUGUCGCGCUGGUUUCACUUGUUCUGAAAGUGGAAGUUGUUUGGUCGAUGAUAAUAACAAUAUUCGAGACUUCAAUUUGGGAGUAGAACUAACACUUCUCGUUGUUUUUCUUAUUGCUCUUUUAUAA